AUGCUGAGUGAUGCAUCCAAAAUAUUUGAUCCGAUGGGCUUACUAUCCCCUUACACCAUCAGAUCUAAGAUGCUGUUUCAACAGCUGUGGAACAGAGGUCUACAAUGGGAUGAACAAUUGCCUGAGGACAUUCUACAACAAUGGAAUGCCUGGAAGACUGAGUUGCCUACGAUAAACGAAAUUAGUAUUCCCCGUUGUUUUAUGCAGAAUGGAAAGUCUGGUACAAGUGUAGAGCUGCAUGGGUUUGGAGAUGCUUCACCAAAGGCGUAUGGUGCUGUUGCAUACGUCAGAGUAACCCAACAGAAUGGUGAUGUUGACACCCAUCUUGUCAUGUCGAAAACCAGAGUGGCCCCUGCGAAGGUCGUGUCGUUGCACAGACUUGAACUGCUUGCCGCUGUGAUCAAUUCGCGGUUAUUGAAAUUUGUUGCAGAGUCAUUAUCAACCCUAGAGCGCGUAGUUUGUUGGACAGACAGUGAGGUCACACUUCACUGGAUUCGAGGACUUUGCUCACAAUGGAAGACUUUCGUUGCAAACCGUGUUGCAGAGAUUCAACAGACGUGGGAUCCGCAGAAAUGGAGGCACUGUCCAGGGGUGGAAAAUCCCGCCGACUUACUGACUCGUGGAGUAACAUCAAGAAAUCUAAAAGAGAGCGAUUUGUGGUGGAAAGGUCCUUCAUGGUUGUCAUCCGCAGAGGAAACGUGGCCAAAUCAGAAAUUAAAUCAAGCUUCUACACGAGAUGCUCAAAAGGAAAGCUAG